CACCUCCCUUCUCGUAGUACCUUCCACCCUCCGACUCGCUGACUCACUGAGUCACGCAUAGAACAUAAAAACAGAAAGAAAGAAAAUAGAAAGAUAAUGGGAAACUGUAGCUCAGCCGAUUCGGCGGAGGUUGUUGCAACGGCCAAGCUCGUUCUCCAAGACGGGACGUUACAGGAAUUCUCGUACCCUGUGAAGGUUUCGUACCUCUUGGGAGAGAACCCUACCUGCUUUAUAUGCAACUCCGAUCAGAUGGACUUUGACGACGUCGUUACCGCAGUUGACGAAGACGAAGUGUUGCAACCGGGACAACUCUAUUUCGUUCUUCCUUUAAACCGCUUGAGGCAACCCUUGCAGCCUGCAGAGAUGGCCGCAUUGGCCGUUAAGGCCAGCUCCGCUCUCAUGAAGAGCGCCGCUGCCACCUCCGACAAAUACGGAUAUCGCCGCAAACAGAUUGUCAUAACCGCCCAACCGGAUUAUAAGUCUUUACGGAGUGUUUCUGCCGCAGCCAGUGGCGGAGCCGCCGUUUCUUCACGUAGGUCCAGGAGAGCCAGCAGUAGAAGUGGUGGAAAGGAGAAGUUCGCGGCGUUGUUGACUUCUAUACCGGAGUAGGGGCAUUUUUGGAAGAAAAUGUGCUCCGGUCAACUUUUUUUUUAAAAUUUCUUUGUGAAUAUAUUAAAUAUGGAGAAAAUUAAAUAUAAAAAAUUUUUGAAGAUUAGUUUUUAUAUAGAGCUUGUAAUUUAGUGAACCGUGGAAGCUAUUAGAUUCAUGAAGAGAAUUAGCCAAGUCUUGUGGGAUAUUCGAAUCUUUAAUUUCCUGUCUCCUCUUUUCCAUUUUAAUUUGUAGUAGAUCUGAAGUUUUAACCCAGUGAAUCGGAUAGCAUUGAAAGUUGGUGCAAUAUUUUUGGUAUGAGAUUUAAUUCUUGAAGGAAUUUUAUUCUUGAAAACGACAUCAAACUAAUCCAAUACGGUAACUUAAGCGUCCAAAAUGUAGCAUAUUAUUUAUUGGAUUAGAUAUGUAACAGUAGUUAAUACGGUAACAGUAGUUAAUACUGUGGCCAUUGACAGUAACAGCAUGUGUCCUGUGAUUUGUAAUUACCGACCUUCUCUAAGUGGAAACUUAGCUUGUAUCCAUACCUUAAAUUAAUGAUUAUCAAAUACUAAUUU